GUUACAAAUAUGGCGAACAACAUUGAAGAAUUUUCUUUCAUUUUACAAAAGAUUAGUGCCUGUAUUGAAAGAGAUGACGGUUGUUUAGAUUUGUCUUCUUUGGAGAACGAUAUUACCGAAAUACCGGAUGAAAUAUUUCAGUCUUUCUCGGAGGAAAGACGUGGUAAAAUUAACGAAUUGAUUUUAGACUUUAAUGAUUUUGAGUUCGUUCCCGCAAGCAUUGUUACUCGUUUUAAAAGCCUGAAAAAAUUGUCUGUUGAAGGAAAUAAUCUAAUUGAGCUUUCUUCGAGCUUUGGAGAGUUGGUUGGCUUGGAAGAACUACGGUUGAACGAAAAUAAACUAUGUGAAAUUCCUGUGUCAUUCAACAGAUUGAAAAAUCUAAAGCUUCUAUCACUUGUUGCAAAUCAUUUGCACACACUGCCCUCUGAAAUUAUUGAAGGUUUGAGUAAUUUAUCAGAACUCUACUUGGAUGAAAAUGAACUUUCCAGCUUACCAGAUAAUUUCAAAAUGCUGAAAUCUCUCAAAGUUUUGGAACUAAGUGAGAACAAGCUGAUAUCAUUGCCUGAAAGCUUUGGGGAAUUGAAAGAACUAGAAGUUCUUAAUCUCAGUCGAAACAAGUUAUCAAGCUUACCAAGCUCAUUUGGAGACCUGGGAAGGUUGCAGAGUGUUGAUCUCAGCGACAAUGAUAUCUCAGUCUUGCCUGACAAUUUCCAUUCUGCAGCCGUCAUAGAGAGCUUGUACCUGGACAAUAAUAUUCUUGGAGUUUUGCCAGGUUGGUUUGGACAAUUAUCCAGUAUUAUUUGCCUGUCUCUUAAUGAUAACAAACUUCAGGGUUCACCAUUUCCCAACAUUUUCCCUAUGGUGUCAAAAAAUACUCUUAAGAAAUUGGAAAUGGGUGGGAAUGCAAUUUCACACCUUCCAAAAUCAAUUGGAGAGCUUUGCCAGUUGGAAGAGUUGCAUAUUGGCAGCACCAUAUGCGAACUGGAGCGUCGGCAUUUCCAGAAUGGCAACUGGAUUAGGGAGCUACCAGAAAGCUUUGGUCAACUCUACUCUGUCAAAAAAUUGUACCUAGAUGAAAACCAGAUUGCCAAAUUGCCUGAUUCGUUUGGUAACCUGUUUUGCCUGUCCUGGAUUGAUCUUGGUCAAAACAUGCUGUCACAUUUGCCUGAUACUUUCUGCAAUCUUACUUUGCUGGAAUAUUGUCAGUUGUCAAAGAAUGAACUGGCCUGCCUUCCAUCAGAUUUUGGCAAGCUCACAAGGCUUAAGGAUCUAAGACUUGAUUCAAAUAUGUUAGAGAAUCUCCCGGAGUCAUGUGCAAACCUUCAUGCUCUCCACACGUUAGAUUUGUUUAACAAUAAGCUAACGCAAGUCCCUGAAUGGUUGUCAAAGCUUUCAUCAUUGAGAAGGCUUGAUUUAGACAGCAAUAAGCUAAGUCUUAAGCUGAAGGAUGUACCCCAUUUGGCUUCCAAAGGGUCUGUGUAUGCGGAACGGGACCCCAAUCUAAAGGACAAUUGGCGUGGAAAGAUGAGGGCAGAUAAAGUUAGAGCUGAAGUUGUGGUGAUUAAUUCUGAGGAUGGUACAAAUGGUGAUGAUUAUGAGGAGGAACUGUAUGCAACUCCAUCAACCUAUAAUGAGAAUGCUUUGUUUGCCGCUAUGAGAAGGGGCUUCAAUGGCGUUCCAUGUCCAGAUGAGAGGCAAGUGAAACAAAGUGAACACAAUACUCCUGAUGUUGUUUUCAAUGUUUUUGAGGAUGCCUCAGAUAAUUCUACACGUGUUUUCUCAGGCUUCUUUGCAAAAAUAGACAAAAAGGAGGAUGGUGAAGAUUGGGACAGAGAGAUCAACGAGUCGUGGGGUAAAAAUCAAGUCAAUGAACCCACAUCUGAGUUGAGUUUUGGAGUUCAUGUUGGAGAAGUUGAACUUGAAAAAAGAAAUGAAUUUCUCACUACACUAAGUGCUUAUCCUCCAGCAAGUCAGGCUUAUUCUGUGACUGCAAUGUAUGAAUCAAUGGCGUGUAGAAAAUUAUUAAAAAAGUAUGAUCAAUGCAACAACUUAUAUGACGAGCAUCCUACCCAGGAAGUCUUGAUUCAAGGCCAGUUUGAGGAUGCUGAUUGAUUGACUCAGACUGAAAUAU